AUGAAGGCAGCCCCCACCUCCCCUCUCCGUGCCCGCCCGCUUCGCCACCGCUGUGUGUGCCAAAUGGGGCAGCACGACGUGGAGCUGACAGACCCCCGCGGCCGGACCCCGCUGGAGCUGGCCGUGUCCCUGGGCCACCUGGAGUCGGUGCGGGUGCUGCUGCGGCACAACGCCAACGUGGGCCGGGAGAACGCCAACGGCUGGACGGUGCUGCAGGAGGCGGUGAGCACGGGGGACCCCGAGAUGGUGCAACUGGUGCUCCAGUAUCGCGACUACCAGCGGGCGACGCGGCGGCUCGCCGGCAUCCCCGAGCUGCUCAGCAAACUGCGCCGGGUACGGCCCUGGGUGCCGCUGGUCUCCAAGGUGUGCCCCAGCGACGUCUACCGCGUCUGGAAGCGAGGCGAGAGCCUGCGGGUUGACACCACGCUGCUGGGCUUCGAGCACAUGACGUGGCAGCGCGGCCGCCGCAGUUACAUCUUCAAGGGGGAAGACGAAGGGGCGGUGGUGAUGGAGGUGGACCACGACAAGCAGGUGGUCUACACGGAGACGCUGGCCCUGGCCCUGCACGAGCCCGACCUGCUGCUGGCAGCCAUGCAACCCUCAGAGGAACACGUAGCCGGGCGGUUGACGUCCCCCAUCGUCUCCACGCACCUCGACACCAGGAACAUCGCCUUCGAGCGGAACAAGUCCGGGAUCUGGGGCUGGCGCUCGGAGAAGAUGGAGGUGGUCAGCGGCUACGAGGCCAAGGUUUACAGUGCCAGCAACGUGGAGCUGGUCACCAAGACGAGGACGGAGCACCUCUCCGACCAGGACAAGUCACGCAGCAAAGGCUCCAAGACCCCCUUCCACUCCUUCCUGGGCAUCGCGCAGCAGCACGGCACCCACAACGGGGCACCCAUCCUGCAGGCUGCCAGCCCCACCAACCCCACCGCCAUCACCCCCGAGGAGUAUUUUGACCCCCACUUCGACCUGGAGACCCGUAACAUCGGGCGCCCCAUCGAGAUGUCCAGCAAGGUGCAGAGGUUCAAGGCGACGCUGUGGCUGUGCGAGCAGCACCCGCUGUCGCUGGCGGAGCAGGUGACGCCCAUCAUCGACCUCAUGGCCAUCUCCAACGCCCACUUCGCCAAGCUGCGCGACUUCAUCACCCUCAAGCUGCCCCCCGGCUGCCGGGUCGCGGGGCUGGGGGUGCUGG